GCGGGGAAAGGGGAGGGCCCGCGGGGUGAUGCGGCCGCAGCAGCGAUAGCCGCCGAGAGUGGGAAACAGGAGCGCGCGAGCAGAAAAUCUACAAAUGGGACUUGGUAGCUAUUCUACUGUAGCUCUGGCCGACCUUUGCUCAGCAUUGAUCUGCCUGGGAGUUGCUUCUUCAAAGGCAGAGAGUUGUAUCCCUGAGCAAAGCAAUGAAGUGAUUAUAUAGUCUAUUUCUAAAUGUAGGUCAUGACUGCUGUCUGGAACUACAUGUAGUGGGCAGUCAAUGAGACGACCUCAGGUUCCUUUCUGAGCUGUAUUCUGGAGAUCCUCAUGUACAACCAGGAAGCUAGUAGCACGGCUGAGUACAGCAUGGUUCUGGAAGGAAGAUGGGUUCUACUCGUGUGACUGCCAAGGAGCUAUGUGAAAAUGAUGAUCUUGCUACAACACUAAUUCUUGACUCCUACCUCGGCUUUAAGACCCAUAAGAUGAAUGUAAGCCCACUCCCAGCCAUCAGAAGAAGGCACCAUUUGCGGGAAGCAGUGGAAGCUUUCAGGAAGCGCAAGGACCUAGACAUGGCAUAUCAAGCCUUGAUGCAAGGUGGAUGGGCCUGUCAGUACUUCGCAAAGCGGAGCCGUCAGCAGGAGGCUGCUUUCAAGACUCAUAUAUUUCGUUACCUUCGCAUCUUCCUUCCUGAGAGUGGUUUUGCCAUCAAGCGCUGUACCCGGUAUUCCCUGGAAAUAAAUGGUGCCCGUGUGGUCGCUACAAAAUCAUGGAAAAAGAAUGACAAACUGGAGCUCCUGGAGGGUUAUAUUACAGAGCUGACGGAGCCAGAUGAGAGUCUCCUACGGACUGGUGAAAAUGACUUCAGCAUCAUGUAUUCCACACGCAAACAGUGUGCCCAGCUAUGGCUGGGGCCUGCAGCCUUCAUUAAUCAUGACUGCAGGCCCAAUUGUAAGUUUGUCCCAAUGGAUGGGAACACUGCCUGCGUCAAGGUGCUGCGGGACAUUGAGCCAGAUGAUGAGAUCACAUGCUUCUAUGGCGACGGCUUCUUUGGAGAGGACAAUGAAUUGUGCGAAUGCUACACUUGUGAAAGGAAGGGGGAAGGAGCCUACCGCCUCCUGAAUCAAACACCUCCACAAUCUACCUCAAUCAAUGAUACAUAUCUGUUCAGAGAGACAGAUGGCCGUCUGCAGCGGUGGAAACGUCCGUCAUACAAGCUGGCCCGACUCAGUGUGAAAGUGGGAAGCAAUGCCCGGCGCAGGAAAGCAAAAAUACGUGCUGCUCUCCGCAGAUCUGCCCUUCGUUGGUACCUGAGGAUACUAAAGCCUUUAUGUAUCCCACUGCACAACUGCUUGGGCUGCACAGCAUGUAGCUGCAAGCUCAGUAAGCAGCCACUGGUGCAUCUGCAACGCUGCCCUCCUUCCAUGUUCCCUGCAUCACAUCUCCGCCGCUCUUCGCGCAAGAAGAGCAGCCACUUUGAGACCCAGCAAAGCUUCUUUAUCACAAGGACAUACAAUAGACCUGAGAGCCCGAGCUGGGCAGACCAGAGCGACUUGGUGGUGAAUCUUGGCAAGAGAGUUCCCCUGCACUGGGAAGGCUUGCACAGACAAGCGGUGCGUGGGAUUGGUGAGAGAGAACCACAGAGCAGCAACGGGGAGCUUAGCCAGGGGGCUGAGGAGCAUCACACAGGAGAUGUGAAGAACCCCGCUGAGAUCAUGGGGUCUCAUGGAUCAGGAUCUGGGGAACUAUACUCAGGGGACCAAGAGAUCCUUGGCUCUACAAGCUCUUCCUCCUCCGGCCAGGUCCUAUGCAGAACAAGGAGCAUGACCCGACGCCAAACUUGGGUUUUGCCCAAACCCCAAGUCUCACUAUCAGCAGUAGACCCCAAACUUUCCCAGUAUGCUCAUGUGCGCUUGGAGAGCCCCCUCUUUAGAGGCAGGCAGUGCUGGGAGCAGCCCCCUCCAGACAAGGUGAAGGAGGAGCUGACAGAGGAGCAGCAUCCUCCAAAGCAAAUUGUUUCCUUUCCCCCUUUUGUGCCACCCAAGCGGUUUCGACUGGUCGUAAGCCACGGCUCUAUCAACCUUGAAGUGGCCUCCAGCUCCUGUGAGGAGUUAUCUUGAUCUGGCUGGUUUCCAGGUCCUGCAAAGAGACCCUCAGCUGCUUGCGGAAGCUUGAUCCUUGAUAAGCCAGGGCAAAACCCACCAACCAGAAUUUGCCUGAAAGCAUCUGUUGAUUUUUUGGUCUUUGUCCCAAUCACCUUGUAUGGGGUGAGAAACCAUCACUUUUGUUCUGUUGUGAUGCUCACAAAGGGCUCGAGGAUAUAUCUGUGCUAACAACACCAUCCUGUGUUCCAUUUCCUCUUGUUCUAAAGCAGAUUUACUUUCCGUUUUUCCUCCUUCCAGGGUGCUUCCUCCAUCACACUUGUACUCUCCCUUUCCUUUUUAGAAGCACCCUCCACAACCAGGCCAAACCUUGAUCCAUUACCCCUGAAACUUAAGCCAUAUAGCAGGCUGCAUGGAUGUCUGGGAUUGACUCUCCCUGUCAUCUUACCAUUGAACUCCGCUUGCUUUCUCACAGGCUCCUUUCACCUUUUGACUCCAGGUAUCCCAAUGCUUUAGUUUGUAGCAGUUCAACCAUGGAAAUACAGACACACAUGGUGAUUUUGGUGUUUGUUGCCCCUAAAGAGGUUGUGAGGCUGGUGAGAGUGAAAUGACUGGCGGGUAAAGGAAGCCUAUAUCUAAUCAGGGAAGCCUCUUUUAUUCUUUGUAAGAAAACCAGCAACCAGAAGUGCACAUGCGCAUGCAACCCAUGCCUAUUCAGCCCAUUUAGCCUGAUGACUGCUGUUUGCUUAAACAAGUUUAUCUAGGGAAUUACUCUUUCUUCUCUCCUCUUUCUCACUUUCUACCCCUUCCCCCAAACUGCUUUUUAGGUGCCUACUGUUACAAGACUUCAAAUUUUCUAGUUUUUAAAGCUACUUUUGUAUUAGUCAGGUCUGUCUUUUCUCCCUGCUGGGGCUUUUCAAUGAAUGUGUACUGGGGCUUUUUACACUGUUACUGACCUUUAAGGUAUUCAUGUUUUUAUACUUAGAUAUGGCUGAGGUUAAAUGGUUUUUUUUUAGAAUACCAGUGAGUUUGAUAAUUUUAUGCAAAUACUUCACACUGUAGUCAAGUGGUAGAGAAUGAAAUAAUUGAACUUUCCUAGCUCUGAUCAGAGGAUUCCUUGGCUCAGGGGCAUUGUGAUAAAGGACCUUCCUUCUGUGAGGUGCUGGCUUGGACUGGAUAAAUGGUUCUUACUCAUCUAGUAGUGGUUGGGUUCAGUUCAAAUGUCAUUGCAGUACAGUAAAUAGAUCGUCUGUAUUUUUGACCUGUGUCUGGCAGUUCUUGGGAUUUCCAGCCUCUUUCUGAGCUACAUUCAGUGGGGUACUUAGAAAUCUAGUUGAAGAUUAGCUGAAGAUGACAAGCCAACAGUGGGCUGUAUUGCAGCCAGCCUUUUUUGGAGAAUGCUUGCUUCAUUUUGCAGCCGUUUUCAUGGUGAGCUUUGUGGUGUUGACUUUGGAAAAUCCAUAGCCAGGAAUCAGCAGGACCUGCUUUAACUUUCUCUUUUCUCCCUUCUUUGUCAGUUUUGUUUCCAACUUGGUGCAUUUCAGUCUUAAUGCCUUCUCCAUAUAGCUUCUGAACUAGAUAGGUGUGCAUCUGUGAGUCACUGCUGUUUAAGGCUGCAAUUCUAUGCACACUUGGGAGUAAGUCCUUUUAAUUUGGUGAGACUUCCUUCUAACUGUGGAUAGGAUUUGUCCUCUGGAUGAGUUUCUGAGCUCUGAAACAGAGAAAUCUGUUUUUAGAGCUGCUUCUAGAGUUUUGCUUGGUAUCCGUGUUGGAUAUGUAUU